AUGGCGUCAGAGAUGCAAAUUUUCGUAAAGACGCUUACCGGCAAGACUAUCACCUUAGAGGUGGAGCCGAGUGAUUCCAUUGAGAAUGUGAAAAACAAGAUUCAAGACAAAGAGGGUAUCCCCCCGGAUCAACAGCGUUUAAUUUUUGCUGGCAAGCAGCUGGAAGAUGGCAGAACCCUCAGUGACUACAAUAUCCAGAAAGAAUCUACACUUCAUUUGGUCCUCAGAUUGCGUGGGGGUAUGCAAAUUUUCGUAAAAACCUUGACCGGAAAAACAAUAACACUGGAAGUUGAGCCCAGUGACACUAUUGACAAUGUCAAGGCCAAGAUCCAAGAUAAGGAAGGUAUUCCUCCAGAUCAACAACGCUUGAUUUUUGCUGGCAAACAGUUAGAGGAUGGCAGAACCCUUAGUGAUUACAACAUCCAAAAGGAAUCAACACUUCAUUUGGUUCUCAGAUUACGUGGUGGUAUGCAAAUUUUUGUUAAAACAUUGACUGGCAAAACAAUUACUCUGGAAGUUGAACCAAGUGAUACCAUUGACAAUGUCAAAGCAAAAAUUCAAGAUAAAGAAGGUAUUCCACCAGAUCAGCAAAGACUGAUUUUUGCUGGCAAGCAGUUGGAGGAUGGUAGAACAUUGAGUGAUUACAAUAUUCAGAAGGAGUCAACACUUCAUUUGGUUCUCAGACUGCGUGGUGGCAUGCAGAUUUUCGUCAAAACACUUACUGGGAAGACAAUUACAUUGGAAGUAGAGCCAAGUGACACUAUAGACAAUGUGAAAGCCAAAAUCCAAGAUAAGGAAGGUAUUCCACCAGAUCAACAACGUUUAAUUUUUGCUGGCAAACAAUUGGAAGAUGGCAGAACCCUCAGUGACUACAACAUCCAAAAGGAAUCAACACUUCACUUGGUUCUCAGGUUGCGUGGUGGUAUGCAAAUUUUUGUCAAAACCUUGACUGGCAAAACAAUCACACUCGAAGUUGAACCCAGUGAUACCAUAGAUAAUGUCAAAGCAAAAAUUCAAGAUAAAGAGGGUAUUCCACCAGACCAACAGCGUCUGAUUUUUGCUGGUAAACAGUUAGAAGAUGGUAGAACCCUCAGUGAUUACAACAUCCAAAAGGAAUCAACCCUUCACUUGGUUCUCAGAUUGCGUGGUGGCAUGCAGAUUUUUGUCAAAACCUUGACAGGGAAGACUAUUACACUCGAAGUUGAACCAAGCGACACCAUUGACAAUGUGAAGGCAAAAAUCCAGGAUAAAGAAGGCAUUCCUCCUGAUCAACAGCGUCUGAUUUUUGCUGGCAAGCAGUUAGAAGAUGGUAGAACCCUCAGUGAUUACAACAUCCAGAAAGAAUCAACACUUCAUUUGGUUCUCAGAUUGCGAGGUGGUAUGCAGAUUUUUGUCAAAACUUUGACUGGGAAAACAAUUACACUUGAAGUUGAACCCAGUGACACCAUUGAUAAUGUCAAGGCCAAGAUCCAAGAUAAGGAAGGUAUUCCUCCAGAUCAGCAACGUUUGAUUUUUGCUGGUAAACAGUUAGAAGAUGGUAGAACACUCAGUGAUUACAACAUCCAGAAAGAAUCAACCCUUCACUUGGUUCUCAGAUUGCGUGGUGGUAUGCAGAUUUUUGUCAAAACCUUGACAGGGAAGACUAUUACACUCGAAGUUGAACCAAGCGACACUAUCGACAAUGUGAAGGCAAAAAUCCAGGAUAAAGAAGGCAUUCCUCCUGAUCAGCAACGUUUGAUUUUUGCUGGCAAGCAGUUGGAAGAUGGUAGAACCCUCAGUGAUUACAACAUCCAAAAGGAAUCAACCCUUCACUUGGUUCUCAGAUUGCGUGGUGGUAUGCAGAUUUUUGUCAAAACCUUGACUGGGAAGACUAUUACACUAGAAGUUGAACCAAGCGACACUAUCGACAAUGUGAAGGCAAAAAUCCAGGAUAAAGAAGGCAUUCCUCCUGAUCAGCAACGUCUGAUUUUUGCUGGCAAGCAGUUAGAAGAUGGUAGAACCCUCAGUGAUUACAACAUCCAAAAGGAAUCAACCCUUCACUUGGUUCUCAGAUUGCGUGGUGGCAUGCAGAUUUUUGUCAAAACCUUGACUGGGAAGACUAUUACACUAGAAGUUGAACCAAGCGACACCAUUGACAAUGUGAAGGCAAAAAUCCAGGAUAAAGAAGGCAUUCCUCCUGAUCAGCAACGUUUGAUUUUUGCUGGUAAACAGUUAGAAGAUGGUAGAACACUCAGUGAUUACAACAUCCAAAAAGAAUCAACCCUUCACUUGGUUCUCAGAUUGCGUGGUGGUAUGCAGAUUUUUGUCAAGACCUUGACUGGAAAAACGAUCACUUUGGAAGUUGAACCCAGUGACACCAUUGACAAUGUGAAGGCGAAAAUCCAGGACAAAGAAGGUAUUCCACCAGAUCAACAGCGUCUGAUUUUUGCUGGCAAGCAGUUGGAAGAUGGCAGAACCCUCAGUGAUUACAACAUCCAGAAGGAAUCAACUCUUCACCUUGUCUUAAGACUGCGCGGUGGUGAAUAGAAAGUUUUAACAAAAAUUGUAAAAAUGACGUAACAAUUUGUUGAACAUUUUUGUCAAAUUCUGCAUUUUAAAAAUACCAAAAAAUCGUAAAACACUUUUGCAACUGAUUUUAUAUUAACACUUAUUUGAAACAUUAAAAUUAUAGUCGUUCAGU